UUAGUUCUUUUAAAAGAAACGAGACAUCAGGCUGCUUGAAAUGUUGAAGUAAAUUCCAUAAGAUUGCAUGAAGGUAGACUUUAGAGUUAGGCCCCUGAAAGCUUAUUCUUCUGGAUGCCCACAAUUAGAAAGCACCGCUUAUCUUCAUUAGUUAGAUCAUCAGAGGGAAGUGUUUGCUCAGUUUACACGUUUUUUUCAAAGGCUGUUUUCAGUGAGAGUGCUGUCAUAGAAAUGGACAUGCAGGUCUGUGUUGUCAAAACUGACACGUCCAACACUUCCUGAACACGCAAAAUAUGAAUACAUAAUUAAAUCUGGCUCCUUAUUUCAUUAUAUCUGUAAAGUCUGUUCUCAUUCAGCCAUGUGCUUCCGGUCUGGCGGCGUCAGAGUCGAAACGUAAGUCGCCAUGUUUUCGUCCAGUUGUAUUGCCGAUCGAUGAUUGUCCUCCAUCAUUUAUAUCACGAGUUGAAGACCUUAGGCCUACAGACUAUAAACUGGCUCAUGGGCGUCGACUAAGCGAUGAAUCGAUGCGUUCAAGAGACAAAUGCCUAGCGUUAUUCGCGCUUCUUCGGACUUUUAUUUUGAAGCGGCGGCAGAGCGGAAACCACGCGGACUGUCCGCAGCUAGCUUGACGCGGCGCAGGGAUCAUGUUUGGUCGGCAGCGAGUUGAGGAGAGUGUGACACAAAGCCCGUGUCCUUAGUGUUCGCAAGGGGUUUGGUCAGUUGUGUCACCGGGGUCAUCUCCGUCCUUCGCGAGCAAAAAAGUCGACACCCCCCUCUCGUCUGACAGCAGCUAAUUGUGUUUCUCGCAUCUUCCGUCGCUAGCUAGUGUGAAGUGGUUAGCUGGACAUCGUUAACGUUCAAUGGGAGCUAACGUUAACGGCAGGUCGGCAUCGAAAAUCAUCACUGGUCCUAUUUGGCGGCGAUUCUGCGAUUAAAGGAGCUCCGGGCGUCAGUGCACGCAGUCCUGAGGCAAGAAAAUAAGAGCGAGGAGAAGAAGUCGCCGAGGGCUAAUGUUGUACAGCUAGCCGUGUGGCGUGUAGUCGCUCUCCUCGGUGCCACGGAGCCGUGUAGCUGUCCACGUCUCGUCUCGUCUGCUGUGUUUAACGUUGCCAGCUGAGCUAGGCCACGUCCCUGCGGGCGUAUCUCAUCCAGCCCACUGACAUUGGACGAGUUGCAGAGAAGAUGCCUGGUGUGCGGAAGGAGGAAGGAGAGUAAAGACCCGAAGAAAUGUGAAAAGUCUUGAACAUUCAUGACUGUCUUUCUGUGUGGCGUUUGCGUUUCCGAGCGGUUGCCGCAUAUACGCGGCAUGUCACGUAGACGGAUGUGUUUUACAGCGGGAGAAUACUCUCAUUGAGCUCUGUAGGUUGCGGUUUACAACCUGAAGUAAAGACACACUUUGUUUUUUGAAAUGGUUGGGUUUGGUGCAAACCGACGGGGAGGCCGCCUCCCGUCCUUCAUCCUCAUCUUCUUGAUGGUGAUCAUCGCCAUACUGUCUUUCAACUACUGGACAGUGUCCAACAGGCACGGCCGCCUGCUGGAUGAGCUGGCGGAGGUGCAGACGCAGGUGAAGCGCACGGACGCGGCGCGGAGCCGGCUGGAGAAGCGGAACUCGGAGCUGAUGGUGCAGGUGGACACGCACAGGAAGCAGAUCGACCAGAAGGAUGGAGACUACAGCGUGCUGGAGGGCAAGCUGCAGGCCCGAGAGGCGCUCAUCAAAAAGUGCACUGAUGAUAAGAUGAAGGUGCAAAAUGAUGUCACAGCGCAAAUGACAGAAAUCCAGAGGCUGAAAGAACAGCUAAAGGAGCUGAAGCAGGAGUUCAUGAAGCAAGAAGAGCAGCUAAGGGAAGUGAAGAAAAAUAGCACUACGUUGGAGAGAAAACUGGAGUAUGAGAGUUUACAGUGUGGACGCCAAAUUGCACAACUGAAAGACGAAUAUGAAGAAACAAAAAAGACCCUGGAGGAAGAAGCAACAAAGCUAAGACAGAGUUUGAUGGACGGCCAAAAGGGCAUAGUGGCAGGUAGACAUGCUGAUGGAGCACCUGGUGCGGAGCUGGGUGGAGAGCGCCAUACAGUGGCCACUCGCCGACAUGACAGUCCAGAUUUAAAAGAGAUGGGUAAGCCUGGCAGUGAUGCUGGCAUGCCUGGUAUUGAAGACAGCGAGGUGGGCAAAAUCGAUGAUGUGCAAUUUGCCUUGAAGAAACCAGCGAUCACUCAGAAGCAUGACGAGGCCCCAGAUGCGGUUGUGGGAGCCGGUGCUGGACCCGGAGUCGGGGCAGCUGAUGGUCCCGGGGGCCAGGGCCUGUCACUGGACCAGCCCAGGCUCCAGCAGGACAGAGUGGACAGCCGAGCAGCAGUGAUCGCACCUCAGGGCAUCGUCAAACAGGCAGACAAAACGGUAGUGUUCGAAGAAGACAACAAGGCAGGUAUCAAGGCAGACGAGCUGGGAGAACAACAAAGACAACUUCAAGCUCCUGAUAAUGUCAAGGGUGAAGGCGAACACCUGAAGGGGAUUCCUCUGCCUCCCAACCCUGCCCAGGUACCCAACCCCAUCCAGCUUCACCGCGCCAAAGACCACAUUCAAGCAGAGCCAGUGCACCACCGCCAAAGCCGGUUCUUUGAUGAGAACGAGUCCCCAGUAGAUCCGCAACACGGCUCUAAGCUUGCGGACUACAAUGGGGAUGAUGGGAACGUUGGUGAGUAUGAGGCCGACAAGCAGGCCGAGCUGGCCUACAAUGAGGAAGAGGAUGGUGAUGGUGGGGAGGAAGACGUUCAAGAUGAUGACGAUCGAGACAUGCAGGGGGAGCGCGCGGUGGAUUACGGGAAAAGACACCAAGCCAUUGACAUUCUUUGAAUGGGGGAACUCGUACAGCUGUAGCUCAUUGAAAACAUUCAGACCUUUUCUCUACAACCAUGGUCCUUCUUGACAAAAAUAGUUUGAGCAUCAACGUGUUUAAGAAUUUAUAGGGUGCAUCCUCAUCGUCACGGACUAUUUUGAAAAACAGACUUUGCAACUAAUGAAUUAAUUCUGAAUAACAUAAUACAAAGAGAAAAAAAAAUCCUGGCGUCGUCCUGAGCUGCUGUUUUUUUUUUUUUUGCUAGUGGUUCUAAGUUAUGACAGUAGAGAUGAUAUCAUGUAUACUGACUGUUGACUUUUGUUAUCUGAUAACUGCCUCGGUUCAUAAAGGAGUGGUCUAAAAAGAGCCCUGUCGACUCGUACCUGAACCUCAAGGUCCAACUGUGUUUCUUUCUUUUCUUCUUCUUUUUUAUUUUUUUGUUGCUACUUUCCUUUUCAGGUUGCUGAUGCUUGAUACAAACAAACUCUUCACCUGAGUUGUAUAUCAAAGAGACUAAUUUGGCGUUCUGCCUUUCUAACAUCAUUUUUGGACUCAAACACGGAAGGUAUUUUUUGAUUUUUCUUUUUUUUUUUUUCAUUUAGAGGAGCGGGAAUGCAUUACAAAUGCCAAGGACUCUGCUUAUGGCCUAUUAAAUCAAUUUCUUUUCUUUGUGACAGACACUCAAAAGUGCUCCUCAAUCUGUUGUUCCUUUUUUUUUUUCAAUGAUGCCGUUGCAUGCAUUUGAACCUUUUUAUUAAUAAUCAAACUGAGCAAAAUACUGAUGCUUAAGCAAUACUUAGAGCGAUUUUAGUAUCCUCCACGGUGUGCAGAGAUCAACUGAGCGCACAUGGAACUGACCUACUGUACACAUGCUUCCAUUAAUGAGGUCUAUUGUACAUAAUGUAGUUGAACUGUUACCAUUUGUACUGAGGAAAACUGAAAAUCCUCACCUUUAGGGAAAUCCAUGAACAUGAAAUCAGUUCUGUUGGUGAGGCUGGGGGGGGCAACGUGGGAUUUCUCAUGGAAAGGCACAUUGAAUGUAAUUUAAUUUUAUUAAAGGUGAUGCUUCAUGU